GUUAACAUGCCGGUAGGACGGCAACUGAAUGAAACACAUCGGAACUAACCAAGGAAGGAGGGGAGAUUAACCAGGAGUCCGGCAUCAGUCACACCUGAUCACGAAGGGCUGUUUUCUUAUCUCUGCGCAGGAUGCAUCAAUCGCACGCCCGCUGCUCCUGAAUUUCAGGCUGAAGAAAAUGAGCUGACAGCUAUUUUUGGACACUGCUGUUAGUCGCUAGAAGGCGCAUUGUUUUGGGUUAAAAAAAUGACUGCAUUUAUUUGAAAAGGAAAGAAACAAUGUUUGCAUCACUUUCUUUUCUGUUAGAGGAACAGAUUGCCUGGCCUAUGUAUGAGGGACUGAAAUGCGACGGAGUUGUAUAGCCUAUUAAGAGAACGAAACCAGCUUGUGUGGUUUAUAUUUUACACAAAGAAUGAACUCGUUUCUUUUUGGAGAUAAUUUGCCGGCCAGCAUGAUAGCAACAAUUCCAGUCAGCGGUGCCUCCACUUCUGGGUCGGGUGCGGUGACAAGUGCCCUGCGGAACGAUCUGGGCUCCAAUAUCCACGUCCUGAAGACGCUCAACCUGAGGUUCCGCUGCUUCCUCGCCAAAGUCCAUGAACUGGAGAGAAGAAAUAAAUUACUGGAGAACCAGUUACAAGAGGCACUGGAGCAGUCGCGUUACCAGGGUUACUUUUCUCGUGAGGUGGGCGUUCAGACGGAUUCACUGGAGUCUCGACUCCCCGGGACCAUCUGGAGUUUCACACACGUGAGGAGGCAGGGUGAGCGUUUGGAAACUCUUCAGGGCCCCGGCGUGUCGUGGAACCAUCCGGACGGGGUUGGGGUCCAGAUUGACACCAUCACCCCAGAACUCAGAGCGCUGUACAAUGUUCUGGCUAAAGUCAAACGGGAAAGAGACGACUACAAGAGAAAAUGGGAGGAGGAGCUGUCUAGACGAGAGCAGAUGGAGUCUAUGGUGGAGACGCUGCAGGAGAAUGCCCAGGAGUCUGAGGAGAUCCAAGACGAGCUCAGCGAGAAGGUGGACAGACUGAAAGCUGAGCUGGUGGUCUUUAAAAGUCUUGUUAGUGACCAAAUGUCAGAGCUGGACUCGAAGAUCCAGGAGAAAGCCAUGAAGGUGGACAUGGACAUCUGCCGACGCAUCGAUAUCACAGCCAAGCUGUGCGACGUGGCCCAGCAGAGGAACUCCGAGGACAUGUCCCUCAUGUUCAACGUCAGCCCGUCCAGAACGCUGCCGGACAGGGGGGCAGUAGCAUGCAGGAGGAAGGAGCGCAAGGUGACAUCGGACGAGGAGAGCUCCGAGAUGGACGCUGACCCCAGCACGUCAGAGGAGGAGGCGCCCGGCUCCCUCAACAUCACCGACGAGAUGAAGCGCAUGCUCAACCAGCUGAAAGAGACGUUCGACAUCGACGACGACGACUGCGACAGCCUGACGUGGGAGGAGAACGAGGAGACUCUGCUGCUGUGGGAGGACUUCGCCAACUACAACGUGCCCUAUGCCUUCAACAACAACAACAACAACAACCCCAGCGCCGCGGAGAGCCACGGAGAGGGAGGAGAGCCUGUGUCCCAGGAGGGGAGUUUGGGCAGCCUGAUCGACGAGACCGAGACUCUGUUCAAGAACAGAGAGCAGGAGUACCAGAAGACCAUUGGGGACAUUGAGGAGGAGUUGGCCACUGCUAAGUCGGACAUGAACAGGCACCUGCAUGAGUACAUGGAGAUGUGCAGCAUGAAGAGAGGCCUGGACGUGCAGAUGGAGACCUGCAGGAGGAUGAUCAAGGGGGGCAGAAACUCUCCCUCCGUCAGCUCGGUGGCCAGCAGUGACUCAGGGAACACUGACGAGAUCCAGGACGAGUUGGAAAAGGACAGCGAAGUGGAGGGACCAGUCAGCUGAUUCCAGCUGUAUCUGAUCCCGCCCCCCACCCCUCCUCACACAAAGACAGACAGCCAAUGAGCUCCUUUUGGCUCCUGGGCAACCCAGCGUUCCGCUGGCGGCCUCUACCAAUCCCCAGGCCACGGCCAUAUGACGGACAGGUCUCGACCCGACCCACCACACAAAGAAUUGGUGCUUUAAAAUCUCCACUCCAGCGGAGAGUGGUGGUGAGGAGGGGUGUGUUUUUUUAUGCCCCCUUUUGCUUCUCGAGUGUUCAAAGUAACAAACCGUAGAACCGUUUAAAGCUGCACGCGUCACGUCGUGUCACGCUGUGUUGUGACCGCUGUGUUUCCUGAUCUGCCAGCCACUCUCACCGGGCUCCACACUGACCUCACAGAGCGACCACACCCCCAUAUACCUGUCAAUCAAAACCACCUGCCAAUCAAAGCUAGUCCUCUUCAGACUUCAUGAUAAAAGUAUCCUCUCCACUCUGAAAUCACAUUACAGUGCUCAAACACCCAGAUAGCAGCGAAGGGUGCUCUCACACCUACCUUGUUUGGUCCGGACCUUCAAACCUUUUCGCUUGGUUUGAACCAAAACAGCAUGUAUGAAAGGGCCCUUGGACCACAGUACAGACCCAAAUAUCAAAAUCUGGUUUGACCCACAGAACCAAGGCUACUUAGAAUUACAGAAACUACUCAUCAAGCACUACGCUACUCAAACAACAGGCACAGAACUUACUAGCACAGUAAAAGUGACCCACUCACAGUGGAAUAGCUCUGUUUUCGGAACGGUGGUACAUGGACAGAUCAGCUCAGACAUUGUUUCCACUUUCACCCAGAAGAUGCAAUGGCUGACGCUGGUAUGGUCCUAGUCUUGGUCUCCUGUUGAUCCAGAGCAGAGCUGGGCCAGAGUCGUUCAGUGUGUUCCUCCUCAUGUCCCCCUCUGUCAGGUCUCAAUGGGAGCUGGGUGGUGUGUGUGUGUGUGUGUGUGUGUGUGUGUGUGUGUGUGUGUGUGUGUGUGUGUGUGUGUGUGUGUGCAGAACAGCGCACGGUUUUGCCCAAGGAAUGCUCUGUUCUAAAGUUCUAUGCAAUCGGAUAGCCUUAUUUCAGGACAGAUGGUUUCGUUAUUUGCCUUUGAUUAGCUGGACAGGUGUGUGUACCUGUUUAAAACUGUGUGUCCGUGUGAGGACAGCAAGAGUAUGAAAGAGUGCCCUCUCCCAAAUUAUUCAGUUAUAUUCAGGUAUAGAGCUAAGAAAUCCAGCAGCAAUGAUCUUCUCCCAACUGAACCAAGUCAUACAUUUCCACAUACACAAGCCCAUCAAAUCUCGCCUACUUUGAGACAGGAUCUGUGACAGGAUCCUGUGCACUGGAAUGUACUAAAUGGACACACUAAUAGACUAAUCUUUAAAAUACAGAAUGUCUUACGUAGGUCUUUUGUGGCUGUAAAGAGUUUACCUGUCUGAGUUCACAUAGGCCUAUUUGUUUUAUCAUACAUCAAAUCAGUGUUGGCCUUCCAGCACUGUUAGUGGGCUAACAUAAUCAACCUAUAAAAGUUGAAUUGUAUCAUUAUGACCAGCAGGGGGCACUGUUUCACACUGACGACUGUCCUUUGAGGUGUUAACUGUUGAGUGCAGGGCGCUGUUUUAUGUAUAUAGAAGUCUUUGGCAUGUCAUACCUUAGUGGCCUUUCAGUUCAUUCAGUAUGAUUUAAUCACUGUGUUCUGUGUUUGUUUGAUUGCAUUUAAUCUCUUGGUUAUUUUUGGUUGCUUUAGAACUUUUAUGCAUAAUUGACAGGUAAACUGGCAAAGCAUGGGGUAACAAGGAAUAUUUUAGCUUGAUGUAAGAUAACAGGAUCUCGAUCAGAGAUUGAGAGUCAAUGAUUUAUGUAUAAAAAGGCUCUGAAAUUCCCUCUAUUUUAAUUUUCGAGAUGCACAAUAUAUUUACCCUACACUUUCUUUUUAGUGAACUCUUGACACUCUGUUUAUUUGUCAUAUAAGGGGUUUUAUUUGAUUUGUUUUCGAUGUGUUUUUAUUUGUGUUUGUUUUGCGAGCAGAGUGUGUAAACUAAAACUCUGCUCUCCAAAUGGUUUCUCUGAUGUGUUAUCCCUGAUGAGUAUUGUUGAUUAUGGAUGAGCUGAGGGUUCAUGUAGGGCUAUAUAGAAGUGCUCUUGGAGAAUUGUGUAGAAUGAUUGAUUUGCCUUUCAAGUCUUACAUAUGGAUGUUAGUAAGAUGAUGAUGAUGAUCAUAAUGCUAUGAAUUGACAUACAAGUACAGUUUUUCCAUAAUCUGGUCUGCUCACCCCUCAUACUCACCUCUACACGCGCACACACACACACACACACACACACACACACACACACACACACACACACACACACACACACACACACACACACACACACACACACACACACACACACACACACACACACACACACUCACCAAAUAAAGCAAAAGCCAGCAUACUUUUGAGAAACACUCAGCAAUUCAGUAUUUCAGAAACCAAGAUCAAUGAGUCCUCCUUAAAGGUUUUGUCACAGAAUUUGGACUACCCAAAGAUGUUCUUGCUAAAGUUACCUGGUUAACUCAGAGAUUUGACCUGAAAUGAGUGUUUCUCCCAGAGACAGUGGCUGUAAGAACUCAGAGCACGAAUUGUUCAUAAAUUAUAAUAUUUUGUUUGUGGAAAAAGAAACCAAACUACAGCAAAAAAGACAAAACGAUCAGUCUCCAAGAAAUAUUUUUUUCCUGAAACAUGAUUGUAAUUAUGUGACAAGAUGUAUUGAUGCGUAAGUGACACAUGAAAAAUAUAGAGUCCUGUGUAGGAUAUGUUAAAGUGCUAUGUGUUCCACUGGACUAUCAAGAUCAUGGAUGGACGGAGGUGUUUAGGGGCCUUUAGUGCUGAACAUUUAGACCAUUGCAUAGCACAAUUAAAGCAAGUGUGUAGAAUGAUAAACAUUGUAUCUGUUUAUCUGUUUAAGAUUUUAUUUGUUUGUGAUGGGAAAAAGUAAGUAUUUGCAGGAUCGUAAGCUGGAUUCAUGUGUUGCUGAAAUACAGUAAAUAGUGCUACAGAAGUCUGCAAAGUCCUGUCGUAGGAUAUUUUCAUAUUACUGCUGGACAAAGAAUAAACCCAUAUUGUCAUUUCUCAAUGUGGAAACCCCUGGAGAAAGUCACUCUUGUCGGUCAUUCUAGCCAACAUGAGGUGACAAGGCAACCAUCCCUAUAUUUUUUAUCAAAUAUUUUUCUUUUCCUCAUACUUUGUAAGACCUGUGAAUCUGACUUUUUGUAGAUGACUGCAUGAGAUCUGUGGUACAGAAAGACCAGAUCUACCAUGAAUGAGAGAAGUAUAUUCACAACGUGUACAUCUUUCAGCUGAAUGUACUGUACUAUAAAUCCACACAAGGGGGUAUUGGAAACACACACACACACACACACCCAUACAGACACACAGACAGACAGACAGACAGACACACACACACACUCACACAUAGGUGCACUCACACUCAUACAUACUGUAUGCUGCUCAGUGUAUCUUCAGCACAGCUAUUUUCUUAAGCCGCCAUAGCACCCUGUCAUGUGUCAUGCUUUGAGAGUUCCUGGAGUGGAUCACCAGAGCUUCCUGUCCCCACUGAUUGUCCUGAGUGACUACACAGUGUGCCAUAUCCAGAGGGUUGUGUGGGUAAAGACUGCUGAACGUCCACACACAUCUUCUGCAUAGAGUGGACUCGGGGUGUGCUGGAACCAGGCAUGAGCUAUACAGAUCUGGGUAACACUUUAUUUGGAUGGUCCCAGACUAUCUAGACGCCUGUGAAACUGUCGACUGCAAUUUGUGAACAAAGUUCAGUUUUCUCAAGGUGAUGUCCAGUGAACAAUGAGAAAGAAUGAACUUGAAAUUCAACAAACCAGCUGUAAAGUCUCUGCAGGCAGACUGUGCUGAUAAAGUAGGCUACCCAGAUCUGACCUGUAGUCACCAGGUAUCAUGGCGUGUUUUUGUCUCACUGGUUUCUCAUGCAAACUUCAAAAAGUGGUGGUGGUCUUUGCUACACUUACUGAAAUAUUUUGGCUCAAAGAGUUUUGUCUGGAAAUAUGUAUAUGUAUUUGGACAAUUUCUUUGUAGAAACCAUUGUACAAAUUGUUUCUGAGACAAAUGACUUUACCAUUUGCAUUUGUUUUAUGUUGGGGAAAAGGGUAUAUAGGUAUCAAGAUGAAUGUAUCUGGUGUUGGGUUAAACAAAAAAAAUAAUAAAA